AUGCAGCGGACAUGGAAGCCAUGGUUGCACUUGGGAAGAAGCCGAACACGCUCACCGGCUGUAAAAUCUGAAAGACAGAUCACACACUCUGUGUCCAGCCCAGGCAGAUUUAGGUCAGCUGAGUAA